AGCGAGUUUAGUAGGGCAUCCAAACGUCCACUCACCUCUUUGUCCAACAGGCUCAGGACCCCGCGAAAACCAGAUAACGGGCACCGUUCUUUUUGAUGUCUUCAUUCAACAACAUGGAACUUGCAAAGUUUCCCUUAGUCACAGCUCUUUGCACAGGGAUAUUGCUCAUAUCACUUUCUCAAGCCCUCGCUUUCCUUGCCAAUCUGAGGCGAACCCGAAAGAGCGAUGCACGCCUCAAUCGAGAGCAUGGGUGCCAGCUGCCUCGAGAGCUGGAAAAGAAGUGGCCGCUUGGUAUCGAUCGGUUGAAGCAGAUCUGGGAUGCCAAUAGCGAUGGGCGUCUGCUGAAGUUCUUCUGCGACAUCGCCAGGGACUUUGAGCCUUUGAACAACAGCUACCAGUUUUUUCUCGUCGGUCCGCGUACAUUCCACAUACUCGAUCCCAGAAACGUUUCGACCAUAUUAUCGUCCAACUUCACCGACUAUAGUUUCGGCUCACGAGCAAGCGUCUUCGCGCCCCUGAUUGGCGAAGGCAUCUUCACACAGGAAGGUCCGGCUUGGAAACAUUCGCGCGACCUCCUUCGCAAACAAUUUGUGAAAGCCCAGUAUCGCAACCUCGAUCACUUCCAGGAACACCUGGACAACUUGAUCUCAUGCAUUCCGAGCACCGGUAUCAUUGAUCUCCAACCACUCUUCUUUAGUCUUACUCUUGACACAGCGACCGCGCUGCUCUUUGGGCGCUCUGUUCACAGCCUUCGGGGGCCGAUGAGUCAGGAUGUGACCAGCCAAAGCUUUGCACAAGACUUCACCACUGCCCAGGCGGGACUAGCGAAGCGAUUUCGCUUAACACCAUUCCAUUCUCUUUAUAAUCCUCCUUCUUUCCGCAACGCAUGCCACAAUGUGCACGCAUUCGUCGAUAGGUAUAUUUCGGAGCGCGAAAAUGGCCUUGGGCGAGAUGAUACAGAGGGUCCGACCUGGUUCAUGGAUCAAAUCCUUCGAGAAUCAAGCAGCAAAACUGCUGCGCGCAGUCAGCUGCUGAAUAUACUGCUUGCAGGUCGAGACACAACAGCUUGUUGCCUCUCAUGGACGUUUCGCUUGCUGGUGAGGCAUGAGAAGGUCAUGUCCCACCUCAGGAAGGAGAUUGAGCUCGUGAUGCCCGAUUCGGAGCAUCCCACUCGAGAGCAAAUCGCGCGCAUGCCGUACCUUGCAAGCGUAGUGAAGGAGUCCUUACGACUUUAUCCGCCGGUUCCUCUGAACAUUCGCGAAGCUGUAACCUCAACAAUACUACCUGUUGGCGGCGGGGUUGAUGGGAAGAACCCGAUAUUGGUCAGAAAGGGCGAGGUCGUCGUUUUCUCCCAAUACAUCACCUCCAGACGGCGGAACAUUUUCGGCGAUGAUGCUGAAGAAUUUAGGCCAGAAAGAUGGCUGGCUGACAAGACGAGCGAGAUCGAGGAUGCUUUCUUUGCAUUCAAUAGCGGUCCCCGCAGAUGUCUCGGCGAAGAUUUUGCCCUGGCAGAGGUCUACUACACGAUUAUACGACUUCUGAAGGCGUUUCCAUUGAUACAAUUGCCCGCAGACGAACCGAACGAAGUGUUGGGGACGGAACGCCAGCGCUUGACGUUGGUUCUUGCGAGCGAGAAUGGCUGCCGUGUCAGUUUGGGUAGUGUAAAGAACUGAGAAUAGUCAUGAUUCCAUGCAAAAAUCAAUUGUUUGGUUUACA